GGGAUAGCCUCUUUCAUAUCUUAUUCAGCUGACGCCGGAAUUUGCAUAGCUAUUACCGAGAAGAUUCUACGUAAUUCUCGAACGGACGAUUUUGACAGGAUUAUCGAAAAGCUCAACCAGAAACCGCAAGCAAAAGCUGUCGUUCUAUUUGUUGAUGAAGACAAUACAAGGAAACUCCUUCAGGCCUCUAUCAGAGCUAACAAAACGGGACACUUCUUGUGGAUCGGAAGCGAUUCUUGGGGAGCUAAAGUCCAUCCGGUUAGAGAUCAAGAAUUCGCCGCAGAAGGUGCAAUCACGAUUUUACCCCAUCGCACCGCCAUAAAAGAGUUCGACACGUAUUACUCGUCCCUUCGCCCGAAAAUGGAUACCGAUUCAUGUAAUAUCUCCGCUGGCUCCAAUAUACCCCACGCCACUCCUGGGCUACUUGUCAACUGUCGAAACUCUUGGUUUAGGGAGUUCUGGAGCCAGCAUAACAAAUGCACUUUCGAGAAGUCGAAGUCGCCGACGAAGUCUCUCUGCACGGGUCGAGAAGAUUUAGCGGACUACGAACAGGAGGGAUUGGUCCCGUUUGUAGUGGAUGCUGUAUACGCAGCAGCACAUGCAAUCCACGCAAUAAUAAGGUCAGUUUGUGGAAUGAACUCAUUCCACCUCUGCGAAGCGUUGCGUCCAGCCCCUCUAGGUCCGGAAUUGCAGAAGUUUCUCCGGAACGUUUCCUUCAUAGGUCGUCAAGGAACGGAAGUAAAAUUCAAUACGGACGGUGACGCCUACGGGAGUUAUAACAUCUAUCAGUACCAACUGCAUGAUGGAAAGUACGAUUACAUCCAAAUAGGAUCGUGGAAAGAAUUUUUAUAUUUGGAUAUAACCCGUUUGAGAUGGACCGACACCGAAUCAAUUCCAAAAUCGAUUUGUAGUGAACAAUGUCCGUCCGGACACAUUAGAAAUUACCAGGAUCAAUGCUGCUGGGUUUGCGUGGCCUGUCGGGAGGAUUCGUACGUAUUCAACGACACUUGCAGACCGUGCGGUCCCGGAUUCGCCCCAAACCAGAACAAAACCGACUGCGUCAAGCUGAAGGCCUUGGUCAUCGAUUGGCUAAAUCCGUGGGCGCUUGUUCCUCUAGUAUUUAGUUCCAUCGGAAUUCUGUUGACGUUGUUCACAACGUGCGUAUUUAUCCGCUACAACAAAACUCCGGUGAUCAUGGCUUCCGGGCGAGAACUUUGCUACGUUCUUCUUUGCGGGGUUCUCAGCUGUUACGCUAUGUCUUUCAUUAUUCUUGCUACCCCCACAGUGGAAACUUGCGCUAUUAUGAGAGUUGGUCUAGGGUUGUGUUUAAGCGUCUGUUACAGUGCUAUUUUCACCAAAACCAACCGCAUCUCCAGGAUUUUCAAUCGAGGAGUUAAAAGCAUUAAGAGACCUGUUUACACUUCGCCCAUAUCUCAAGUUGCAAUUGCUUUAGGCAUCGUCUCCAUUCAACUAAUCGGCGCCAUGGUUUGGUUGGUAAUUGACCGUCCGGAUAUUCGAGAGAUUUACCCUUACCCAUUAACUGCUGUAUUGACCUGCAGAGUAUCUACUUUCGCUUUGAUUAUGUCGCUCGUUUACAACAUGAUCCUAAUAAUCUUGUGCACUUGGUACGCGUUCAAGACCCGAAAAAUCCCAGAAAAUUUCAACGAAGCUAAAUACAUUGGAUUCACUAUGUACUCUACUUGCAUCGUUUGGCUGGCUUUCUUACCCAUCUACUUUGGAACGAACAAUGAUUAUAAGAUUCAAAUCGUCAGCAUGUGCAUGUGUCUAAACAUUAGCGCUACCGUCGCCCUCGGCUGUCUAUUUACUCCCAAAGUCUACUUAGUACUAUUUCAACCGUAUAAAAAUGUAAGACAAGGAAAUGGAAAUCAAGUCACCAAGACACAUGGUCAAGACAGGCCGGUGUACAGCAUGAGAUUUGCCGGACCCCGCUCGCAGACCGUACAAUCGAUGACCAGCAAUUCAAGAUCGCCGCCCCCUAAACAUGGACAAAAACAUCUGAACGGUGACCCCACGGGACUUCCAAGUCCUAGCGUGGAGGAAAGCUCCCUGAGUUAAAUCUGCUCGCUUCAACCUUAUGUACGUUCGUCGCAAGGUCCAUUUUAUUAGAUGAGGUUUAAAUCGAUAGGUUUCGUUUAAAUCUUUUAAAUUCGAUAAGCCGACAUCGAAUAUUUCUUCCUACGAAAAAGAAA